AUGCAACCGCUAAACCCCUUCCUGUCCGCCUUCUUCAAGAGCCAGGUCGCUGCGCAGUGCACCCCCGUCCACCACCACAUCCUGCUGGUGCCCUUGACCGAUGUGCUCCUCACCCACCGCGAGACGGAGAGCGGCGCUCCGGUCCACGAGGUCGUCGCCUCGGACGAGUUCCUAGCCAGCCAUGUGCUGCGCAUCGCCGGGCCCGACGGGCUGGUCGGCGCCAAGGACAGCUCCCAGAACUUGCGCGAGGCACGCGGCAAGGCUCGCCAGUUCAACACGCUCAACGGGAGGAGCGUCAUUGUCAAGGACUCCUUCAUCUACAGCAACAAAGGGUUCAAGACGCUUGCGCAGGCCCAGAUCCUCAACGACACCACCUGGUACCCGGACGUCUUCGAGCCUCGGCAAUGGCUGGUAUACUUCAUCUCCAAGCCCCUCGUCGGAGUGUGGGAGGAGGUCAGGCUGGAGCCCGCCGUCCUCGUCUCCGGCACCAGGAGUCGCGCGGCCGCGGAGCAACAGCAGAAGCGACAGACCAACGGCGACUCGGCCGACGCCUCCUUGCCGCGGAAAAAGGACAUCAGGAGCUUCCACGAUCUUCUCAACAACUUUCCCAUGAUUGCUCGCCAGAUGCAGCCCGGCUUGGAGAAGCUCUUUAUCGAAUUCUCGACAGUCUUUCAGAAGCCGCUGCCGCCACCGCCGUCGGCCGAAUACAUUCCAGAUCCGAAGCCAGAUGGGCCAGUCACGGCCGCCGCCAGAAGGGCAAGGGCGGAUAGCUUGACGGCCAAGAGCGGCAAGGCACCCUUCAACAACAGCCUUCCGGUUGUCGAAGACUUUUUCGAGGAGGACGACGAGGACAUCAUGCGCGCAUCCCUUGAGAGCGCCGUUACGGCUGCGAUUGAUAUCUUCCAGGGGGUAGAUAAGCAACAGCUGUCGCUACUGGGCGCUACAACGGACCUGACAGGCCCGCUGGUGGAAAAGCUCAUUGAGCGCUACAUUGCCGAAAAUGUUCACGGCCUGCUCUUUGGCAAGCUCAGCGCCAUCAAGCGACGGGAGGACCUGGAGCUGGAAGCCAAGAUUCGAAGAAUGGAGUACAUUGACAUCUCUCAACUAGGGAUUGCGAUUGACGGUGGUAUGAAAGCCAAACACGACCUUGUGACACAGCUCAACCCGGCCGUAGACGAGUUCAGGAAGAUUUCCACCGCUAGAAGCCCGCAGGAGAUGCUGGAUCUGUUACUGUCGACGAUGAAGAUUGCCUCCCAGCUUACCGACACCUCAAGGCCUCUGAACGGCACUGCUGCAACAGAGGCACCGUCGUCUGAAAAGGCCAUCAUGACCGUCAACGCCGACACCCUGGUCUCACUAUUGCUAUACGUCGUGAUUCGGGCGCAGGUGAAGAAUCUACAGGCCCGACUUGCCUAUGUACGAAAUUUCAUCUUUGUCGAGGACGUCGACAGCGGUGAAAUGGGGUAUGCCCUGAGCACUUUUGAGGCUGUGCUGGCGUACCUCUUCACGGAUUCGGCGGGCUUGCGCCGCGCCAGCAGGAAGAACAAAGCUCUUUGGGAUGCUGCCAAGGGGGCGGACCUGAAAGAGCUGCGAAACAUCAUGGAGCCCAACCCUUGCGCGGUUGGCGAUGACGACGACAUUGAAGAUAGUGACAAUGACGUCGAUGCUCAGUUCAAACUGGCCAACGGAUCGAGGCGAUCAUCGCUUGCUCGCGACUCUUCGGACCGGUUUUCUCAUGGUACCGGCCUCGGCCACGUUUUCCCCUUCCAGGCCAAUGGCGAUGGCGCAAACGAGCCGACACUCGAUCUGCCGCUCAAGAAGACCAAGAGAGUCGCCAUGGACACCAGGAGCUUAUCAAGUGCUUCCGAGUUUUCAUACCAUUCCCUGACGGCAAGCAUCGGCUCCCUCGGCAGCGCCCUGGAAGGCGACGUCUCUGUGGAAAGGCUUGCCCAAACCAGCACUGCCCUGGGCGAAUCCGUCCUGAUGAUGGCCGUGCAGAGCGGAAGCGUCGAAACGCUGGGCUAUCUCCUGUCCUUGUCCGGAUAUUAUCCGUUUGACAUUGUCCUGAGUGACGUUAACAACGAAAACACGACGCUGUUGAGCGCUGCCACUCAGCUCGGCAACCGCGAGCUCAUCAGCUUCUUCCUCGAGUAUCUCCUCGAAAGAGCCACUCCAGGGCAGUUGGGCCACUACUUUGCAGUUCAAGAUAUUUGGGGUCGAAGCGUCGGGCACUACUUGUUCAACGCGCCGUGGAUGAUUAGCAUGGUUGGGCCCCUGAUAUCAUGGCGCCAGAGAGACAAGAAUGGGCAGACGCCGCUCUUCGCGCUGUGUCGCUGCUACGACCAUGUGGAUUACUACGCCAUGGUGGAGGACGGCAUUAGAGCUGCUCAGCAAGCGCAGCUUGACGGGCAGCCGCUGCAUGUCGACGAGCACAUUGACGGCAAGGGCAACACUCUCCUGCACAUUAUGAAUGACCCAAGACUGGCGCUGAGGAUCCUGCAAUACUGCGACGUCGACGUCAACGCGACCAACGAGAAGAAGUUUACAGCACUCAUGGUGGCCAGCAAAUACGGCCGCUACGAUAUGGUCAGGGCGCUCUUUGCCGAUCCUCGAGUGGACAUUGGGGCUAAGGAACUACGAGGCCUCACCGCGGUGGAGCUGGCAAAGGACGAUGAUGUUCGAAAUAGGAUUGACGACCUUGGUCUUUUCAGCAUGCCUCCCGCAAAGGACGGCCGGAUCACCGGCGUCGUCAGGGCCUUUUUCGUGGAAGACAGCACGGUGCGACUGGUUCUCAAGUCGGCAGCUCCGACGGACCACGACAGUUAUACGGUAACAACCAGCCGACGGUCGCUGACCGACUUUGAGCAGCUUGCGCGCCUGCUAGCCGAGGAGAAUCCUGCGUCAUGGAUUCCCUCGAUAGCAGAUACCAGAUGGCCGUUCCAGCUGCCCUCGCGGCCGUCUCGAGCCGCGCUGCGAGACAUCCAGAUACGGACGGACUGGUUCCUAAAGAUUAUGCUGAGCCAUCCGACGCUUUCCACCCACGAAAUGCUAUGGGAGUUUUUCCUGGUGCCAGAGCUGCAGCUCGAAGCCAUGGAGCAGAGGACAAAACUCAAGGCUGAAACGAGGGUCGAGAAGAUCCGUGAAGAGUACGAGCCCAUGGACGACGUGCGGGAAGUGGAGCAGUUUGUCAACCACGCGCGGGAGAUGGUCCGGAGCGUCAGCUACUCGACCAAGAGCGUGACGAGGCGUGCGAAUGCCGUGGGUCAAGUUGCUACCGAUUUCUACGAUGCGGCGGCGCUGCUCUACCGGGCAUUGUUCACCAUACAAUAUCUCCCCCCGCAGCACAUUGUGGGCAUGGAGGUGUUUGUUCGAGCCAUGGCACCCGUUCAGCACAAUCCCCAAGUGGUGUUUCACACGACGCUGCUGGCGAUUCAGUCGACGGUGCAGGCACUUCUGUCAGCGCUGGCGCGGCCGACCAACCUGAUUGGGCAGAUUACGGCAGCCAAGAGGGAGGCGGACAGAAACGACAGCAUCGCGAUGCGGCCAUCAAGAUGGCCCCUGGGCUUGCUCGACGACUCCAGACAGCGACACCAGGAAGAAAAGGAAAAGCGAGCGCGCCAAUCACGGGAGCAGGCAUCGUACCUGUCCAGGGAACUCCGCUACACGCAGCAGACUGUGGCGAGUGAACUGGCUGGAUGGCAGGAGCUGCACGACCAGAUGGGACUCCGGGCCAUUCGCGAGUAUGCGCGAGGCAUGGUGGUGCAAGAAAGAGUACGGCUGGAGGGCAUGAUGCGAGCGCUGAGGAUAGUCCGGAUGGGCAACUACCAGCAGGGGGGAAUGGCCGUAUCUCAGCGACGACCUCCGUCGCCCCCAACAGACCGGAAACAAGAAACCGAGGACGGGGAUGAGGUGCCAAGACGAAACGAAACGAACUGAGUGGAGUGGUGGUAGAGUGACGAGAGAGGAGACGAACUUUUGCUCACAUGCCAGCGUGUCACGGAGGCGACGAGCGACGAGGUGAACGACGCG